AAUAAUUUCAUGAUUUAUGAAAUUCAUAAUUUGGGACUAUAAUUUUGGUUUUUGAUAACAUUUUCAGAGUUGAUUUUUUUUUACAGAUGUCUCUUUAUUAUGCAAUAUAAAUACGACAUACAAAUGUCCUUUUUUGGUGUUACCUGGGUAAAUUAGUUUUUUCAAAAAAAAACCGCAAAGGUGCUUCCGCUUAUAAAAACAUUGGCCUGACACGCUAAUGGAACUCCAUUGUAUAUAUGUAAUUGAUUUACUUUGAGCUGUUACUGACCAAUGUUUAAUCACAUCGAUGCCCAAGUGAUUAUGUAAUAAUAUUUAGUUCCUUUUGUUAGUUUGUCUUUUUUUUUGUUAAGAAGGCCGCAAGGCCUGAGGUCAAGCACAGGUGUACCUAUUAUCUCAAUUAUCGUGACUAUCUUUUUAAGGUCACGUGAUUGCUCAUUUUAAAUAAUCUUCUUUAUUAGGAAAUUUUUUACAACUUUGUUUCGGUAAAUCAACCAAUCCUAAAUUCUGAUUGGCUAAAAUCCUGGAAUCCAAAGACGCAGGUUUGUCAGUGGAAAUGCGCCCAAGCUUGGUCACUUCCAUCGACGCCAUCCUAAAUAAAACAUCUGAUAACAAUUAUUAUACUUAUAUCUCCUUUCUUUGGAUUUCCAGGUAUGUAAAUUUAAGUUUUCAUUUAUUUGCAAUUAGAUAUAAAGUCACCUUGAUAAAGGAUAGUGUAUUUUUUAUUUUGUACAUAAUCCUGUUUUUAUUAUCUUCUAAAUUUGAGCUUUUAGUAAAGUCUUUAAAAGUUAAAUUAAAGUCAUCAUCUAUUAGGUAACGUGCAACAUGACCUCAUUUAGUGUACAGUACUUUAUAGAUUAUAGAUUGUAUGUUUUAAUAUUUUUGUUGUAUAUCAUAUUUAGCUACAGUCUCCAGUCAUAUUUUUAUAUCACCUUUAUUUUUAUGCAUAUCAUAAGAAAAGUAGAUUUUGAAUUUGGCGCUUUUAUUUAUUCCCGCGCUCUUUUAUGAAAAGAGGUAAAAAGGUUGUUUGUUUAUAAUACAUGUCUAACGGGAUCAUAAGUGUUAGGAUGUUCGCAUUAAAAUUCCACCGUAGAGGACGAGCCAUAUUUGGAAAGCUCCCACGAGUAGAGCUGUUAAUUGAUCCAACAAGGAUAAUAUCCCUCAAAGCGAGUUAUUUCCCCUUUUAUAACGAAAAUAAUAAUAACACGGGAAAACACCCAAAGUAACAACGUGUUAACUGGUGGAGACCAUCCUUUAGAUCCCAACCUCGCAUGCAGAAAUAUAACUUCAGACCAAGAAGAAAGAUGCCAACUGGAACUCCAGAAAAUUCUUCAAACCCAGAAAAUGGAAAUUUGCAAGCGGAGAUCAUGGCAACUUUCCAGGAAAAGAAUGAGGAAAUUGAAGCCCUCAAAUUAAGAGUGGAGGCGGAAAAACAACGCCAAGAAGAAAAGGAAGAGGAAUUGAAUGUAAUGAGGCAGAGACUUCAAGCCCUACAACAGGAACAUAUCACACAGCAACAAGAGAUCCAAGAACAACAACUUCAAAUUCAACAGCACCAACAUCAUGAACAACAACGACAGCAAAGACAAACACUUCAACAACAACAACAGAGGGAAUUUCUUCCACCACCACCACCACCACCCAUGCCACAACAUACCCUGCAAACAUCAGUGACAGCCCCUGCAGAAAGCCACAUAAGACAGCUAUCAAACAUCAAAUUGGAGAAGUUUGAUGGAAAAACAUCUGCUGUGCAAUGGUGGAUGAAGUUCAUGGCAUUCAUCAGUCUUCAAAAACUCUCAGAACAAACAGCCAUUUUGCACUUGCCGUUCUUUCUAAUCGGAGCAGCAGAGACGUGGUUUAAUUCGUUGGACACAAUAAAAAAGCUUACCCUGAAUUCAAUCCACGAAGCUUUCAUCAAUCGAUUUAAACCUCCCUCAAACCACGUCUUUGAUCUGUUAGAGCUACAGCAAGGACCAACAGAGAGUGUAGAGGAAUUUAUUCAUAGAGUUACAGAAAAAGCUACCGACUUAAAAAUGGACACCAACCAAACAAUGGGCAAGAUCAUGAGAGGACUAAAACCAAAAAUAAAAGCGGAUAUGGUGAAGGUAAAUCCAACCAAUAUGGAGGACUUACGAACCCAUGCCAUGUUAGCAGAGAUGGCUCAGUCCAUCUGCAGUGAUGAUGCGGUCCAGUCAGCAACCGGUGCAGCGAUGUGCAAUGCGCUAACUUCUCUGGAACAACGAAUGAGUGCACUAGAGACAUCAAACAUUAAUGUGCUUCAGGAGACCAGACGUUUCAACAGCCCGGCCAAGCAGAAGCCAUACUUCAGUAACAACCAGAACCAGUCACAGAGGGGUCCCCAGCGCCAUGGUUACAGGGAGGCUGACCAGCAGAAGAACAUGGGUUCCAGACCUAGGCAGUCCCAACAGUGCUUCCGAUGUGCACCAUUACGGGGGAUCCUGCAUAGUUUCAUGUUCCUUUUGGUGGCCUUACUAGUUCUUGACACUGCAUCAUCAUCAUCAAUUAAGACAAAAGAAAAUAUCAUCCAUAGGAUCAAUUAUGGAGUUUUGUUCAAGGAAGAGCCAAACAUCAUCCUUGCACAAGAAUAUUGGUUAAACACCUUCAGAAUCCCACUCCCAAAGAGGUUUGCCAUUCCCCAACAAGUUCUGAAAUGUCCCCAAUCAGAACAAUAUUGCAUGACUUAUAAUAACAUUGCUAGAUUCAUUCAUAGUUUACAUGUAGAAGUUAUGAGCCACUACAAUGAAACAAUGCAAUCAAUUCGGGUUCUGAUUCCAAGUGUAGACCUUAAGGUUCAACAAAGGAGACAGACAAGGUCAUUAUUACCAUUUGUAGGUUCAUUGUCCAAAAGUCUUUUUGGCACAGCCACAAUGGAUGAUGUAAAUAUACUUGCGUCCCACAUUAACAUGUUGACAAGGCACACUAACCAAAUGGCUAAACUUCUGGUUCAACACAAUGAUCACUUAUCAUCGUUCAUGCAACUAACCGAUUCACGUAUUAAUAAUUUGAAAAAUGGAAUUAAAAACAAUGCACAAGCUAUUUCACUUUUGGCUAACAAACUUUCUAACAUUGACCAAUUAGUAGCUACUGUAACAAACUUUUCAGAAAUAUUGGUCAACCAAGUCAACAAAGUUACUGUUUUUAAGAACAGACUUGACAAGCUAGAAACAUCUAUUCAAACAUUAGUCGAGGGAAAGCUCUCACCAUUUCUAAUUUCAAAAACUCUACUUAUGCAUACCAUUCGUCAAAUUUCGUCAUUGUUGAGAAAAUCUUACAAAGGGUUUGAGCUUGUUCACACUGAUCCUUCCUAUUUUUAUUCUGAAGGUCAAUUUGUUUAUGCUAGACAGGGAACCACAUUAUAUGUAACGAUUAAAUUUCCAAUUUCUUCUCAACAAAGUAGCAUGCCAUUGUACAAAGUGGUAUCCAUGCCUGUCCCCAUGUCUAGCAAUGCCUCUACUGGACAAGCUACACAAUUGUUAUCAUUACCAGACUAUUUUGCAAUCACUCAACAUCAUGAUAAAUAUAUUCAGUUGAAAGAAAAGGACCUGAUAAACUGUCAGCAGGACAAAACUGUAGUGUGUAAUACUAACUAUGCACUGACACCCAUUACUAAAAAUAGUUGCAUUUUAGCACUUUAUUUUAACAAUGCAAAGGAUGUUCAUCGUCACUGUCAGUUUCGCUAUCUUCAGGGCUACACAUUUGAACCAUCUAUUGUAGAAUUAACACCAACUUCUGUGUUACUAUAUCAUAGUCCACGCAUUUCAUUAGACUGCCCUUCAGAACAGAAAAUGUUACCAGGAUGUCAAUUUUGUAUCUUAAAUAUUCCAUGCAGAUGCUCUCUGCAAACAUCCAGCCUUUAUUUUGCUCCCCGAUUGGUAAAUUGUUACAAUCAAACAAAAUCCUUUUCAGUUGCACACCCUGUCAAUUUGGCUUUAUUACAGGAAUUUUUCGAGCACUCCAAACUGUCUCAUAUCUGGCCAAAUUCCACUUUUUCCAAUCCUGUUUCAUUUUCUAUUCCUGAAUUUCAAUUAUUUAAUCAUUCAUUCAAUCAAGUUUUGGUCAAUGAUGCAAAAAGUCACUUGAAUCUUACAAAAAUGGUCCAAGCUACCAUAAAAGAAAAGAAAAUUUUUCAACAUUUAGCAGAGCCCUUGAUAGAUGGAGAAAUUGACAUCACCCCACCGUGGCCCUCAACUAAUGAUAUACUAACAAUGGUUGCUAUUAGCAUAGCAGUAUUAGCACUAGCAUGUUCCAUCCUCCUAUUCUGUAAACUUAGAAAAAUGCACAUUGCCCUGAUGCUCCUUCAAAGUGUUCAACAAGUUAAAUCUGAGGUUGCAACCAACCCAUCAUUUAAUUUAGUUUAUAACCGGUUAACUACUACAGCACCUGAAACAGCUGAGUCUUCAAAUUCAUGGUUAAAAGAUGAAUUUUCAUUAUUACAUGCUUCAGUUAUAAGUGGCAUUUUAUGUUUCAUUUUGAUUAUUAUUAUUUUCAUGUGGCUUUAUCGGAGAAAAUACAAAAAACAUACUUUUCUUGCUUUAGAACUCACUUCAGGUGGUGACUGUGUUCUACUCCCCAUUAUGCAUUUGUCACUGUGUCCUUCUUAUUAUGACAUCCCCACGCCUAAUAUUGGUGAUAUAUCCAUUUCACCCUUCCCAUACAAUAAAGUUUAUGCAAAUUGGCUACAUUUUGGAAUCACAGACAAACGAACAGAGAAAACUAUUUUUGUACCCACAGUCAUUUCUACUAACAUUUUUAGAGGAUAUAAGAUCACACAAAUUCUUAAACAACCUUUCAGCGCCUAUGUUGUGUUGAUUCAUCACAACUAUGCACAUGCACUUAAUUGACCUACGACAAUCUAAUAUUAGCGGCAUCAUCCAAUUGGUUUAUCACAUUUUAAUUUGUCAAAAUUAUCCAACAUUUUGUUACUUUUCUUUUCGGAACCUGCUGUCUCUACAAUUGAUUUGUCAUUUUUGUUUCUCCAUAAUGAAUCACAGGACUUGUAUUGCCAUUUCAUUUCUCUCCUUUUGGUAUGUUCUUUUUGUAUAUACACUGUCAAAUAUUGAAUAUUUUAUGUUUUUAUUGCACAUUUUAGUCUCUGACAAUUUCAGGUUCCUAUGAUUUUUUUUUUGCAAAUAUCUCCCUUUGUACAGGUAUACAUAUAUAGGUAUUUUCUGUUUGUCUGUAAUUUUUUUUAUGUCUUUCUCUUGUUUCUAAAUUUGAGCUUCCGAGGUCGAAAGCAAUUGGAGCAAGGGGGAAAAUAGUCAUAACACCAAAUUUUAUUUUUAAAUAAACAUUUGUGGGAAGACAGAUAUGUAUUAAAUAAUUUCAUGAUUUAUGAAAUUCAUAAUUUGGGACUAUAAUUUUGGUUUUUGAUAACAUUUUCAGAGUUGAUUUUUUUUUACAGAUGUCUCUUUAUUAUGCAAUAUAAAUACGACAUACAAAUGUCCUUUUUUGGUGUUACCUGGGUAAAUUAGUUUUUUCAAAAAAAAACCGCAAAGGUGCUUCCGCUUAUAAAAACAUUGGCCUGACACGCUAAUGGAACUCCAUUGUAUAUAUGUAAUUGAUUUACUUUGAGCUGUUACUGACCAAUGUUUAAUCACAUCGAUGCCCAAGUGAUUAUGUAAUAAUAUUUAGUUCCUUUUGUUAGUUUGUCUUUUUUUUUGUUAAGAAGGCCGCAAGGCCUGAGGUCAAGCACAGGUGUACCUAUUAUCUCAAUUAUCGUGACUAUCUUUUUAAGGUCACGUGAUUGCUCAUUUUAAAUAAUCUUCUUUAUUAGGAAAUUUUUUACAACUUUGUUUCGGUAAAUCAACCAAUCCUAAAUUCUGAUUGGCUAAAAUCCUGGAAUCCAAAGACGCAGGUUUGUCAGUGGAAAUGCGCCCAAGCUUGGUCACUUCCAUCGACGCCAUCCUAAAUAAAACAUCUGAUAACAAUUAUUAUACUUAUAUCUCCUUUCUUUGGAUUUCCAGGUAUGUAAAUUUAAGUUUUCAUUUAUUUGCAAUUAGAUAUAAAGUCACCUUGAUAAAGGAUAGUGUAUUUUUUAUUUUGUACAUAAUCCUGUUUUUAUUAUCUUCUAAAUUUGAGCUUUUAGUAAAGUCUUUAAAAGUUAAAUUAAAGUCAUCAUCUAUUAGGUAACGUGCAACAUGACCUCAUUUAGUGUACAGUACUUUAUAGAUUAUAGAUUGUAUGUUUUAAUAUUUUUGUUGUAUAUCAUAUUUAGCUACAGUCUCCAGUCAUAUUUUUAUAUCACCUUUAUUUUUAUGCAUAUCAUAAGAAAAGUAGAUUUUGAAUUUGGCGCUUUUAUUUAUUCCCGCGCUCUUUUAUGAAAAGAGGUAAAAAGGUUGUUUGUUUAUAAUACAUGUCUAACGGGAUCAUAAGUGUUAGGAUGUUCGCAUUAAAAUUGUAAGUUAAACACUUUAUUGAUUGCGUCAAAAAAAUUGUUAAAUCCCUUAUUUCAGAGUAAGAUUUAUUAACCUCUUCGAGCUAAACGAGUAAAUAUUAAAGGAAAGUGGUUAGAUAGCGAGAUGUUUGUAGUUCGAAUUGUCUCUAUUGAAUUAUUGAAUAGGCACUGCGAGACUGUCAGCUAUUAUAUAACUUUUUAGUUUAGUUGAGUUAGUUCAUAGUUUGUGUGAUAAAAAGUAACAAUUAGACGGGUUGCCGUUUUAUGAAUUUAAGAUGAUUUUCACUUAUUAUAGUUCACUAUGAUCAUGUAAUUUUAAUUAAUAUGCAGAGGGAUUUUUGAUAAUUAUUGUUUUACCCUCUGUACAGUCACCAGAUUUUAUUAAGUAUCAUUAUACGUAAAUUUAUUACAUUGAAUACUAUUUUGUAACUGGUGACUGUGUGUUUAUAAAGAUAUUUUACACUUCCAUCGACGCCAUCCUAAAUAAAACAUCUGAUAACAAUUA